GUUGUUUUAACGUUGAAUUUUAGUAUUUUAGAUGAUUUUUAAUACCGUUAAUUGACCGCUUUGUCAUUUAAACGAUAGUAUUCGUGUAACUAGAGCUGUUGAACGAUGCUGUGUUACUGUAAGUCAAAGUCCAGUGGUUUUAUCGCUUAUAUCAAAUCAAUUAAUCGUCCAUCUCUUGAUACCGUCUUUGAUGUCAUCUCUAACAUUAUACAAACUACGGCUAAUUUGCUGAGAAUUAUUGCGGUGCUGCAAGGAAGACCGAUUGGUCCAAAUCAUUGUCCAAAUGGAAACAUUAACUGUUGAAUUUACUCAACCGAUCGUUCUACUCGACAUAGAAGGAACAACAACAUCCAUUAGUUUUGUCAAGGAUACUUUGUUCCCCUUCGCUAGAAAAAACCUCAAGGAUUACAUCGAACGAAAUUGGUCUAAAGAAGAGCUUCAAGAUGUCGUUAAAUUGCUCAAGCAACAAUGCGAAGAAGAUAAAUCGAACGAACUAACUGGACUGAUUCCGAUCACCGAUGGCGAAGGAGAAAUCCAAAGCAUCGUUGAGAAUGUCAACUGGCAAAUGGAUAAUGAUAGGAAAACGUUCGCUUUGAAGAAAUUACAAGGAUUUAUUUGGAAAGAUGGAUAUCAUAGUGGUCAGUUAAAGAGUCAUUUAUACGAAGACGUAGUACCGGCUCUGAAAUCGUGGCAAGAUAAAGGUAGAAAAUUGAAUAUAUACUCGUCCGGCAGCGUCGAAGCUCAAAAGCUCCUGUUUGGGUUUUCUAUUUUUGGAAAUUUAUUAGACUUAUUUUCGAAUUAUUUCGAUACAACCGUUGGUGCCAAAGUGAAUAAAGAGAGUUAUUCGAAUAUUGCGAACGAGCUGAAUUGUAACUGCAGUGAUAUUUUAUUCAUUACUGAUGUCGUGAAAGAAGCAGAUGCAGCUUCGGAAGCUGGUUGCAAUGUGAUUAUAUCCGAUAGGCCAGGUAAUGCUCCCCUUUCACCGGAGGAUAGAAAGAAAUAUAAAUGUGUGCGAUCUUUUUCACAACUCCAUCCGAAGUGAUUGAUGGUCGUUUCAUAUCCGUGUUUUAAUGAUUUUAUGACGAUCGAGUCGUGAUAAUUUUUGAAUUUUGAUUUGCUACGAUUGCCAUCAUUGAGAAUCAACGAGCCAUGAGUGGAAUCUGGAAUCUUAUGUGAUAAAAGUCUAGUAAAAAUGAUAUUCGUAAUGAAUGUUUUGCAUAAAUAUAAGUUUCGUAGUUUUUAUAUCGACUGAUUUAUAAGUAAUAAGAAAUGUUAUCGCUGAACGAGA